AUGGAACAUGUAUCGGACGUCGCCGACACUUCUUCCCGCGCACCGCACUCGAUAUCCGAGUACACGCUACUCGAGUUCUUAGGCGAAGGCGCCACAGCACAAGUCUAUCUAGCCGAACACGAGGCUUCGGGGGCGCAUGUAGCCAUCAAAGUGAUCGACAAGCUGUUGGUACAGCGAGCACAAUUGGAGAGCAAAGUCCGUCAAGAGAUGGUGCUUCACGCCGAACUGCGACACCCGCAUGUGCUUCACGUGGAGAGCGUCUUCGAGGACGCUCGAAAUUACUACAUGGUGCUCGAGCACUGCGCUCGAAGGUCCCUCUCAGCAGUCGUCAAGGCCCUUCCAGGUCGCAAGGUGGACGAGCAGACAGUCAAGAAAAUAUAUCGUCAAGUAGUGGCGGGUGUCGUGUAUUUACACGCCAGCGGCGUGAUCCACAGAGACCUCAAGCUCGCCAACUUACUGCUGAACGACAAGGGUGAGGUGAAAAUCUCGGAUUUUGGGCUUGCAGCAAGACUCGGAGAUGAUCAUGUGACUAUGUGUGGGACGCCAAACUUCAUAGCACCAGAAGUAUUGCUGGCAGAGGACGAGCCGUAUGAUGAAGCGGUGGAUGUGUGGUCAUUGGGGUGUAUUUUAUACUGUUUAUUACUCGGGAAGCCGCCGUUUGAAGGACGCAAAGUGAGUGAAACACUAGAGAACGUGGCAAAUGCAGGACAAAACCCGCUCAAAUUCCCCGACGGAUUUUCUUCGUCUGCUAGCGACUUGAUCAAGCGAUUGCUCACACCGGAUCCUCUCAGUCGGCCAUCUGCUCAGCAAAUUCUGCUACAUCCUUGGCUUCGCGAUCAAUCUCAGAAACGAGCGCCGCCUCAGUCUAAUGGUAGACGCAAGUCUCUUCCGCGUAUGCCACAACCUGUGCCUCCACACCCUCGUGCAGCAUCCCGAUCUCCUGAAAAAUUGCGUGAAAGUCGCAGAGCUGCAGGUAUUCGGGCGAUGAAAGAGGAAGGGUUUGUGCUAUCAUCCUCCAGCUCGUCCGUUGCGAUGACAACAUCCAGACGACGGCGUACACUCGGAGACAGUCGUCCGAGCUCUAUGCAGCGUGGACAGCAAGAAGCUCCACCAAAUAGGAUGAGGUUUUCUCAGAUAUCAUUUGCCUUUGCGGCCAGCAGUAGCGACAGCAGCUUCAGCCCCGACGAUGACAGUAUUAUCGAUGACUAUAGCGAUCUCUCCGAGCUAUCACUGCCCACUCCAUUCAAUGACCACACCGAAUCAAAAGAAGUCAACGGAGAAAUGGAGAAGAACAGCCAACUUGACGAAAAAUCGUUUCUUGCAGUCUCGAGAGAUGUUGAACCGAUCGUAUCGGUUGUUAUACAUUUGGAACUGCAAGAUGUAUCGUGUUUCGGGCUAUUUCAAAGCCACGAAGGUCACUCUAGUGAUGCAAAGGUGCAGUUGCAGUGGAGCUGUAAGGAGCCAGCUGAAGUCGGCAGACCACCGACUUACGAAUUAAAAGUAUCCAACGGAUGGGAAGCGUACUAUGAUCAAGCUAGUGGGGUGCUGACAGCUACAACUCCACAGGGUGAUCCGCUGCGAUACGAGAUACCUGGUGUGAGUGGAGCGCGAGCUGGAUUCAGUGCUUCAAGUUCUUUCCGGUCAUCUACCACACGCAUCAGUCAGCGUCCGUAUUUGCCACCGUUCGUUCGGUUUUGCCAGUGUCUCGCAUUGCGAACCAUGCAGCUACGUCGAAUUGCACUGCGUGGCCAGGCGAGUAAACUCCCGUUCAUUCAUUACGACACCCUACCGGAGUCGCUGCUGGAGUCGUUCCGAUACCGAUCUAACUUGCUCACUGUUCCUCACCAAGUAGCAUUACGUCCGGAUCAGGAGCGGAGCAUAUCUUCGGUAAUUAAAGCUCAGAAAGGAGUCGAGAUUGCAGGUGUUGGGAGUGGAUGUAUCGAUUCAACUGGAGACUUGCGAGUUGUGUUCCUGGAUGGAGCUCAGCUCACGUUGGCGGCAAGUGGGUUACAGUUACGAUUCCGUCCGUCUUGGGACACUGGUGUCAACAAUGGUGACAGUGUGAAAGAGGAUGUAUUCGAACUGCUCACAACGAGCAGCAUGUCGUCGUUCCUGCCCUCAUCAGUGAAGCAGAAGUUGGAAAGUAUCCCAGAGUUUAUCCGCCGUCUCAAAGCAGUUAACUAA